UGACGUGGGCGCCUUGCUCGACGGAGGGAAGAGGGAGGAGGAGUGUCGGGCGGCUGCUGCUGCUGCUGCUGGGACCGCUGGGCUCGGAGAAGCGGGGAGCAGGGAGACACUGGGGGAGCUGCCCUGGCCUCCUCCUCCUGGGGCUCUGGGAAGGGUCUCCUGGCCCAUGGCUUCAGCCGCCAGCGGCAUGGAGGAGGUGCGCGUGUCGGUGCUGACCCCGCUGAAGCUGGUGGGGCUGGUCUGCAUCUUCCUGGCCCUCUGCCUCGACCUGGGCGCCGUCCUCAGCCCGGCCUGGGUCACCGCCGACCACCAGUCCUACCUCUCCCUCUGGGAGUCCUGCACCAAACUCGGACACGCCGAGACCUGGCGCUGCAAGACCACCCUGAACAGCGACUGGCAGAUUGCUACACUUUCUAUGCUGCUGGGAGGUGCUGCUAUAAUUCUUAUAGCUUUCUUGGUUGGAUUAAUUUCUAUCUGUGUGGGAUCACGACGGAGGUUCUACAGACCAGUUGCUGUCAUGCUGUUUGCAGCAGUGGUUCUUCAAGUGUGCAGCCUUGUCCUUUAUCCAAUCAAGUUCAUCGAAACAGUCAAUUUGAGAAUAUACCAUGAGUUCAACUGGGGUUAUGGCCUUGCCUGGGGUGCAACUAUAUUUUCAUUUGGGGGUGCCAUACUUUAUUGCUUGAACCCCAAGAACUAUGAAGACUACUACUAAAGGAAGCUACCUUUUUUUUUAAAAAAAGGAAAUGAAUAACACAAGGAUUGUUCUGUCUUUUCUAACUUGGUGUUUUUAGAACUUUUGUAGAGUGUCAGUCUGCUAUAUUGAUUUAUCAACCUUUACCUUUUGGCUACAACUACUGCAAGUAGCAUUUAAACAUCUUGUUUAAUGAAUUACUGAAAAUUACACCUGCUGAUCAGCCCAUAGGCAAACUAUGGAAACUGCUGAUACAUUAUAAGGAAAGCUCAGUACCAUUGAUGGAUGCGGAUGGCCUCAGCGUUCAUGAGAAAAUUAGAUGGAAUGAAAUGUAGGCUACCUGCAUUGGCUGUAACCUGCAAAGGAGUUGCUGGAACAAGAAUCAUGUAGAAGCUUAUUUAUAUUACAUAUGAUUCAGACAUUGUAGUGAGUCACCAACCUCUGCCUCCAUGUUGUAUUGGCUCUCUGAGAUUCUUGUUGAAAUGAAUAUCUAAGGAACCAGAUGAUGAGAAGAAUGAAGAUAAAUAAUUAAUAUGUACACUCAGCAAUUUCCUGGCAACACAAGCUUGUACAUUUGGCAGUCCACAUUUUCCAGCCAGUUGUGGUAUAUCAGGAAGUCAGAAUGUGGAACAUAUUUUUCCAAUUAUGUGGUCGGACACUAUGUCUCAGAUCUAACCAAGUAUGGAAAAAUAACAUGAAGAAUCACACUGAAUCUGUUGACUCCUUCAAGACAAUAAAAGAGAAUAAGAGACAUGCAUGCACUGCAUUUUCCAGAGCAUAUUUUGAUUUCAAAACACUGCGGUAAAGUUUUCAUAAGCAACAUUCCCACUAUUUUUAUAGAAGAUGUUUAUUCGUUAUUACUAUGAAGAUAAACGUAUACAGAAAACAUAUGAUAUUCCAAGCUAAUACUUUAUUAGCUAUAGCAAGUGUUCUAAUUAAGAAUCUAAAUUUUCAAGAGUCUUCUCUGGGUAUUGAGUUCGCUUGAAAUAUUUUAAUGAGUCCCUUCCUAUAAUGUGAUGCAUCUUGUAUUGCUUGAACUAAAUCUUGAUGUAUGUGCCAUCCACUAAAAUUUUAGGUGAAGAUGAACUGUGGUUUUAUUCCUGCAAAGCUAGAGAAAAUGAUAUUGACCACAUUUUGAUAUUGUGCCAAAUCAUGAAUACUUGUGAUGGGAAGAGCUACCAUGAGCCUCAUGUUUUCAGGCUCUCACCCACCCAACAGCUGUAAGAUAGAGAUCAGAAGUUUUCAGCUCUAACUCCUCUUUUAGCCCAUAUUUGACAAGCUGUGGUUAAUCUUAAAUAUGGUUGUUCAAAACCACCCAUUUGCAAAUCAUGGAGAAGGAGAUGGUUGAUUUCAAUAAACUAUAGUUAAAUUUAGCCACAGUCGGUGGCCUGGAUCAAGUGCUAGACUGUGCUUUAUCAAAAAUUGAAGCAAAAACUUGUAUUUGUUCAUUGUAGUCACAGUGAAGGAGGAGAGGAGAGACGGGGUACAAACCUAAGGUUCACAGAGAAAGGAAAAGCCACCGUUUAUCUUAAUGCCAAACAUAAACAUUAAUUCAUUUUGACACAGGCACUAAAGUGGUGAUGUAGAUCAUAUAAAAGACAUUGUAAAAACUCCUGUAUUGUUUUAAAUAUGGAAAGAUUAGUUGGAAGAAAUCGAGAUGAAAUUUCCAAAUUGCAGUUGUCCACCUGAAAAAUUCUUGUCGUUUUCCUGAGUGAUAUUUGGUUAGCAAUGUGUCCAUGGUUCAAAGCAAUGCUGAUAGGUGGGUUCCAAGGAGGGAAAAAAUGAAGCUUCAGUGGAAGCCAGAACUAGACAAAUAUUAGCUGUGACACAACUAAGAGAUUGUUUUUUAAACGUUGGGAGUUGUGUCCAUUGAAAAAUUGCUGUUUGCUUUAGAUGUGAUGUUUUAAAAAAGAUAAUCUAGUUAAUGUAUCCUUUCCAUGUGAUGAUGGAGGGAAAUAAUUAUGAAAAUUAUAUGUUAUUAUCAGGAUAGUAUUAAAAUGGUCAUAUUUUCUCCUUUAGCAGUAAUGGAUUGGCUUACAGUUUAUUUGCAUUUAUUGUUUAAUUUAUUGCUUCUUGAAAUCAUGAAAAAACUAGUUUUAAGACUAUAUUUUAAAUUGAUAUAUACAACACACCAUUUAUUUUUGUUUACAUCAGUUUACUGUAUUAGGUAUCUUCAAUUUAUUCUGAAAUAAUUUUGUAUGGUAUAUACUGUUCUGAUACAUAAAUUUAGAAACAGUUAUUUUUGCUAUAUGGAAAUUAAAAUUGUACCUUAUUAUGAAUGUCCUCCAAGAGCACAAUCUUCAGAAUGAUGAAACUGCUGCUCAAUAUUGUUGCUCUGUAAUACAUUUCUAUAAUUUCUUAAUACUAAAACCUCAAAGCUAUAACUGUUUAAUUAAUGCAAAUCACACAGGCAGCAAGAAGUGAAGUGUUCUGCAGAGCAUCACACAAUAAUGAAUAUAUUUAUACAUAUUUAUAUAUUACUAAAAACCAUGUGUUUUUUUUUAAACAGCAGCAAAGAAUCUGGUCCCUGAUGUUUGCACAAAAAUGCUUUCCAGGUACUAGUACUUCCCAUACAUCCAACAUUGGGUGCUGUGUAUGAAUUGUUAGGAGUAGCAACCACCUCCACAUUCAAUGCACCUGUGAUAAUUCUGUACAGGAUGUAUACUGGGUAACAAUUUGUUCAUGUUGUUAUCUCCUGCUUCUUCCUUCCUCUUAGCUGAAAGAUACUGGCCAUGGGAGAAAAUCUCUGGGAGUCUCUACAGAGACAAAAAGCGAACAUUGUAUUUAAUUAAAUGCCAUUUCACUUCUUUAAAUUGGAUAAGGCACAUGUGGUAUAGCCAAAAGUCACUGGUGAUGAGAGUGGCAAUCCAGCAACACGUUGAGGGCCACAUGUUGCCCAUCUCUGCUGGGUGCUCAUUUUUAAAAGGGGGCAAAGAAUGUCAAGAUGAAAGAGAAAUCUUCAUUUUUUUCUUUUUUUAAUUUUUUAAAGAGAAAUCUUCAAUUUGUUGCAGGGGUGCCUAAGGAUAUUUAUUUGGCCACUGAGUUGGCAACUGCCACAAUCCCCAGUCUAAAAUAUUAAAUGCUGCUUACUUUAGGCAGAUUGUAUGAGCAUGUCUUUGUGUGAAGAAAGACCCACCUUUCACCAUGGGCAGCACCAGUUAUUAGCAGUGUGAAAAGCACUGGAGGAGUUGCUGCCAGAACAGAUAAUACUGUACUGGGCUAGAUAAACCAAUAGUUCCUCUCAAAUGCUUUACAGACAAAGCAGUAAGCAAUGGUACAAACAUAAUGCCUAACUUUGUGACAUAAUUUAGGGUCAUCAGUCCACCUACUCUUGUCCAGCUGUGUGGUAGAAACUUGCUGCCUGUGCCUUUUCCAUCCCACUCAUUGACAGGUUUUCUUGAUUCUCAUUAUUACAGAUUCCAUUAGGGAAAACAGAAGUGGCAGCUGCUGAAUUAAUAUAACUGGUUAUACCAGAGAGGGAGAAUGUUUAUAAGAUGAUGUUGAGACACAGUCAUCCUGAAGUUUGGGGACAGGUUUCUUGGGCCAUAGUCUCCAAGCUUAAUUAUUGAUUCUUUGUAGUGGUUCCAAAGAAGCCCAUGAUACAACUCUGCAAUUUCAAAGUAGUAGCCUUUCAGCCAAGUCCUAAUCAGUCCUACUGGAUUCAGUAGAAUUUCACUAAGUCAAUAUAUUUUAUAUUGCAACAUUUAUCAUUCAAUACUUGUCACCAUGAAGCCAUAGCAGAAAUAAAUCAAAUACUUUAAUAAAUAUAAGGAAUUCCAAUAGGCCCAGGUGUAUAUUUUCAAACAGAAACUGGAUACAGUUGAAUAAAUUUCUCCAAUUUUGACAGUUGGAAACAGUUCUGCUGGCUGCAUCCUAUUUUUAUUUCACCACAUUAUCAUUGAUAUAUGCUUAGUGGGUAAUGUUUGCAUUGUAGAUACCACUAUGUGGCAUUCAUACCUCAAAUACAAGAUGGUUCUGUUCCAUUGAAAUCAUGGUUACAACAAUUUUAGCCUUACGUGGUUUGAGUGGCAUGAGACAUGUAUUUUUCCUUACCAGUACCUUAUCUCACACAUAUGCUGUAUUACAAUAAUCUAAGAUGGUAGCUGCUAGAGCUUAGAUUAACAGAUGCUAGCUAUACAUUUGUGAGAUAUUCUGCUCAUCAGCAAUGAUCAUUUCCAUUUAAGGAAUUUGUAGGACCAGUGGUGUUAUGUGGGACAAGUCUUAUAAUGGGAAAGACACAGAUCAAAUGGAUUGUGUGGCCUUCAGAAGCACUAUGAGAUAGACAUUAAUUCGGGAUUGGACUGUGUUUUUAUUCCUUCCCCUUCCCCCAUGUGAAGUCUUGAGACAGCAAUAUGGAAUUAAAUCAGGCCACAUCUUUAUUGAAUUAACUAAAUAAUGCAAUGAGAACAGAAAAUGUAAUCUGAAAUAAAGUGUACUGCCAAGAAAUUGGAGACUAGGAAUAAGCACAAUGGUUUCAAAACACCUAUGCUGGUUUUACCUUUGUGGUAAGGAGUACAGUCUGGAUGGAGUGCCUUGGGUUAGUGAACCUACAAAUACUCUUUGGUGUGGGAAGGAUGUUCUUGCCAUUUCCUUAGAAGUUACUGUCUUGGGUGUGUGGAAGAGAUGGCUUCUUUUCUGAGCUAUUGUUUGGAACCAGGCUGUUGUUACCCAUUUCCUUUGGAGACCACUGUUUAUCAGUCCCUAGUUUCCAAUUUGUUAGCAAACUGCAUUUAUUGGAGACUAAAUUGCUCAUGCUUGGUGCAACCUUAGUUAAUGCAAAAGACAUGUGGCCUGAUUCAAUUCCACAUUGUUGUCUUGAGUCUUUGUGCCAGUCUUUGGAGAAACAAUGAAGAUGCAAUGGGCAUACAAUAAAAAGGCCUUAUGUCAAAUCCUUCUCCAAACCAUGUGUGACCUGAUGCCUUAUGGUCAUCACUCUUAAAAGAGUGUUUACACACCUGAUGGGCAUGGCAAAACAGCUCCUGGCAUAAUGUCAGAGAGCAAUCUUUUAUGUAUUGAUCCUUAAAAAUUAUGAGAAAAAUCUUGCCCACUCCAUUUUUGUCAUAUAAUUUCAGAUUCUGAUGCAUCAUUUAUACAUUAUUUAAACAUAAGUAAAUCAAGCAAGACAAGCCAGUGUGGUGUGGCGGUUUCAGCAUUGGACUAUGAUCAACAACAACAAAUUUAAACAAGACUAAGUUUUCAGCACUGAAUUACAAGUAAAUGCAAUGCAAAGCAGAAAUACCUCUUGCUAAAAAGAAUUAAACACGUAAAUGUUUGACUAUAUGUAUGAAAGAUUACAUUUUAAUGUAUAAUUAAUGUUGUAUUCAAGUGUUAGCACCUAAGUUGUAUGUGGCUUUAUAUCACUAACAGGAUAAAUUCUUACAUGACACGCAUAUUGUUUGAUCUUGCAAAUGUGUGUGUGCCUCCACACACAUACACUUACACGUACAUGCAGAGCCAAGUUGCAACCAGGGCUAGAUAUUUGUAUUUUUAAAGCUUAAAAGUAUGCCGUCCGGUGCUGGCAAGUAUGUAGCACCUCUCUUGGAUUUCUUGCACAACUACGUUUAGCUUUUGUAAGCUUAACAUGUAAAUUUUAAAGACAUAAAUAAAUAUAGAGAAAUCUAUGUGUUUGAAAUAUAAGUGAGAUAUAAAUAAAUAAAUAUAUGGAUUAGCAUGUAGACUGUAUAUUAUUAAACAUGCAAUGAAAUGACUGAUAAGUGAAGUUUAAUCUUAUGGCUAGCAAUGUAAUUUAUUCAGACUGUAUUUUUGUACAGAACAGUGCACACUAACCUAUUGCCUCUCUGUGUCCUCUAUGAUGCCUAAAACUGUGCCUAGAGAUUUCAUUUCUGUCUCUUGACAAUGAACAAUGAAGGGUUUUCCAUGCUGUUGAUGGGACUGGUUUCUUUCCUUUUUUUUCUUUUAAAAAAAUAUUUCCCCCUAAAUGUAUGCUACAUUUUAUUAUUACAUGAUCCAUCAAAAUGUUGUUCACUUUAGUCAUGGAAAUUAAUGUAAAUGUACUUUUUUUUAAAGGAAAAAGAAGAAGAAGAAGCAAAGUUAGUGGAGUGUUUCUUUUCCCCCUUCAGUUUAUAGUUUUAUUACCAUUUCACAACUUUUGUAGUUGACAUGAAGUUGUAUGUUGAAAAUAAUAAUAAUAAAAAUAAUAAAAAAAUCCUUCUACAUGAA